GCUUGGGUCCGCCCAGCUGGGAGCUCCUCGCGCUGGGAGGCGGGGCGGGGGCCCUUGUGUCCUGCAGCCUGAAAUAAGGGUGGGGAGCUGCUAGAGCAAGGGGUAAAACUAGAGCUGUGAGACAAUUCGAUCUGUAACUCGCCACACUGCAGGCAGCGCAGCCUGCAGCGGGAACGCUGCCGAGCGGGACUCCCUUGCACCAGGGCUUGGAGCCGAAGUCGCUAGGGUAGCAACUAGAGAGGGUGUGGAGCAGGACAAAGGCGGCUGCCAGUCAUGAGAGAACCCCUGCUCACCACCUGAGAUGUCUGCUGGAACUAACAAGGAUUGUACCAGGGGAAAGGAUUGGGCCCAGACUAGAAAGGAGUCUAGUCUGUGAAAGAAACUUAUUGGAACAUCUCUGAGGGCAGGCUUGGAGUCUCCAUUGGUGAAAUGACCCCCUAACGGUACAGCCAACCUCAGGCAUUCAAAAAUCAGUUGGAACAGCCCAAGAAAUCACUCCGGGCAGCUGGGGCCUCCAGAGCCCUCAUUCUUCUCUUUCAGCUGCACUGAAAGCUGCAAAAAUUCUUUGCUGCAAGAAAACCAGGGUUAUGUCCUCAGAAGAUGAUGUUGGUGGGGAGGCUCCUGGGGGCAGUUUUUGGGAGGCUGGUAACUACAGGCGGACAGUGAAGCGUGUAGAUGAUGGGCACCGUCUCUGUAACGACCUCAUCUCCUGCUUCCAGGAGCGAGCCAAGAUUGAGAAGAACUAUGCACAGCAGCUAACAGACUGGUCCCGCAAAUGGAGGACCGCUGUGGAGAAGGGCCCUCAGUAUGGCACACUAGAGAAGACUUGGCACGCCUUCCUGACAGCCGCAGACAAGCUGAGCGAGAUCCAUCUAGAGGUGCGGAACCAUCUUGCUGGUGAAGAUGCAGACAAGAUCAAGGCCUGGCAGAAGGAGGCCUACCAUAAGCAGAUGAUUGGUGGGUUCAAGGAGACUAAAGAGGCAGAGGAUGGAUUCCGUAAGGCCCAGAAACCCUGGGUGAAGAAGCUGAAAGAUGUGGAGACUUCUAAGAAGAACUAUCACACAGCCCGGAAGGAUGAGAAGACUGCACAGACACGUGAGAACCAUGCCAAGGCAGAUUCCUCCAUCUCGCAGGAGCAGCUGCACAAGCUGCAGGAGCGUGUGGAGAAAUGUGCACAAGAGGCUGAGAAGUGUAAGGAUCAGUAUGAGAAGAUGCUGGAGGAGCUAAACCGCUACAAUCCCCGCUACAUGGAGGACAUGGAACAGGUGUUUGAGGGCUGCCAGGAGGCAGAGUGCAAGCGAUUGUGCUUCUUCAAGGAGAUGUUCCUGGAUCUACACCAACACCUCAACAUCUCCACUAAUGAAAGUUUUCAUGCACUGUACCGGGAUCUGUACCAGGGAAUCGUGGCUGCAGAUGACCAGGAGGACCUGAAAUGGUGGCGCAAUACACAUGGGCCAGGCAUGGCCAUGAAUUGGCCACAGUUUGAGGAAUGGACCCUGGAAACCCAGCGGCCAAUCAGCAAGAAGGCGAAAAGCAGUAAAAGUGCUGAAGAUGUGACACUGACCAGCAUUGUGCCCACACGGGAUGGCGUCUCUCAGACCCCUCCACAGACACGGCGAGGGUUUUCCUACCAAGCGGAGAACAAUUUCUUCUAUGACACUCUGAGGGCAUCAGCCCAUGUGAACAGCGGCGGGAAAGAGGACAUGUCGGAGUGGUCCGAUGAUGACACUCCCAAGAAAUGCCUGGAUGCCAAUGGGCACGAGGAGGACAUAAAAGUACCAGGCGUACAGGUGCGAGCGCUGUAUGAUUACACAGGACAGGAGGCUGAUGAACUGAGCUUUAAAGCAGGUGAAGAGCUAAUGAAGAUCAGUGAAGAGGAUGAGCAGGGCUGGUGCAAAGGCCGGCUUCACACUGGCCAGGUUGGACUCUAUCCUGCUAACUAUGUCAAGAGGGUGGGAUCAUGAUUGCUACUCUCAUCUUGAGGUGUGUGUGUCUCGCAUGUAUAUCAGCAUCUCCUGCAGAAGUCACCAGGUCACUGCUGAGCCCCUAACCCACAUCAACAGCAUAUGUAGCAAUUUCUGGACUCUCUGGGGAAAUUUAUUUCUUGUAAUCAAUGCUUCAUUUUAAAAUUCUAGAGCUGUAGGGAUUUUCUAAUAAACAAAAAUUGAGUAAAGA